AUGAUCGAUGUGACAGUGGCCAAGGAAGGGGUUAGUGGUCAAAAUAGUCAAAGCUUAUUCGACCGUUUCUACAAAGUAUUGGUGGAUCCAACAUCAAAGAUGAGGCGACAAACAUGGUCGUCAAGGAUUACAGCAAUAGCAAAGAUGAUUGACUCUAUGCAAAGAUGUGUUUGGAAAAGUUAUCAAAUCUACGAGGUAUACACCAUACAUGUCAAUGAAUAUUGUCAAACAAUAGAUACAAAGAAGAAGAAACAAUAUAAAAACUCAUCGAGGAGGUCCAAAGGUUAUAAGGGUGAAUUAACUGAAUGGAUUAUCACUCACUCGAUUCUAUGUGACCUUUUCAUCAACCAAGAAAUGGAAACUAGUCAAACUUUGUUGUUACUCGAAAUGACACAAACAUCUUUGGCUGAAUAUAUAACCAUAGCACCCACCACUGAAACAGCCUAUCUUUAUUUUCUUCCAACUAUUAUAUAUAAAUGGAAAUUAUUAUGUGAUAAUCAAAAAGACAAGGUAAAGGCAGUGAUAGAUUAUUAUCCUAAAAUAAUACCACUAUUUCUAGAGAACGAAAUGUUAUUCGCUACAGAUGAAUCAAAGUAUAUUAUAAAAGAGGGUGGCUAUCAAUCUAUCACCCAUUCAUUUUGGAAAAUAAUCAAGAUACUUGUCAAAGAGGAACAACAACAAUGUCAAAUACAUAUGAACAAGAUACACCAAAUGUUGUUUGAUUUUAAUCAAAAAAACAAAGAUAAAUUACCCAAUCAUUUUUGCUUGUUGUUGGAGACAUUGUGUAAUAUUCACGAAUAUGACAAAGAUGAUGAUGAAGAUGAUAACCGUCUGCGUGAUCAAUUCAUCACAAAAGUAGAUGACGGUAGCUAUUUGUUGAAAAAUAAAUAA